AGUGCCGGCCAGAUGCCAGGAAGUUGGUUAGUCGAAACCCGUUCAGAUAUCCGUAAAGUGUUUUUGAUUGUGAAAAAAACGAAAAUAAAAGAUGAAUCCCUGGGUGCAGUGUUUGGGAAGAAGAAGAGCAGCCCUUAACACGGAGAUUUAACUUUAUUUUACUGUGCGUCAUGAUUUCCAAACACAGGCCGCCGCCAAGUGACAGGAAAAGUUGUCCGUUACCGUCGAUGAAACUGACCGGAGUUGAAUGGAGACGGAGUUAACACCUUCAGUGAGGACAUGAAUUUCGGCGUCCCCGCUAAUUCGCUGCUGCUUUUCCGUGCCUGCGACGAGGGGGACUAUGAAACCGCUCGGGGGAUCCUGGAGCCCGGAGCCUCGAAGGAGUCCGGACGGCAAAGCAGGCUGCGGUCAGAGGCUGGGUCGGAGUGCAACACCGCGGACAUGUUGUCUCUAGUACCCGUGGACUGUACAGACGAGGAGGGGAACACCGCCCUGCAGUUUGCGUCGGCCAGCGGUCAUGAGAACCUGGUCCGGUUCUUGCUGCGAAAGGGAGCCUCGGUGGACAGCCGCAAUAACUACGGCUGGACCCCGCUGAUGCAGGCGGCUAGGUUUGGUCACCUGACUGUCGCCCACAUGCUGCUGGAGAACGGGGCAGAGAUUAAUGGAAGGAACAGGCUAGGCGCAAGUGUCCUGACUAUGGCUGCCCGUGGGGGACACACUCACGUAGUGAAGCUACUCCUGGAGAGCGGGGCCUACGUCGAUGACUACGAUCACCUGGCUGUGGCUGCAGAGGCAGUCUCGAACGGCAACAACAACAACAGCUGCAGCACGGCUGGUUUUGGAGGUGGUGAAGGCUGUCCAGGAGGAGGAGGCGGGAGAGAAUUCAUGGACAUCAUAGCCCUGAUGGUGGCAUGUCAGCAUGGCCACGAGGCCUCGGUGCGCCUGCUACUGGAGUGGGGCUCUGAUGUCAACUUUUCCCAGAAGACCACUGGCUGGGGACCACUGAUGGUGGCCACCCUCAGUGGGAAGGUGGCUGUGGCUCAGCAGCUGGUGGAGCGUGGAGCUGACCCAGACCGAGUCAACGUCCUGUCCAAGACGGCCUUUGAGCUAGCCAUGCAGCUUAAACAGAGAGACAUCAAAUCCUAUCUGGACUCCAUCACAACAGUCCGACCCCAGACAGACGAUGAGAGAAGAAGACCAGAUGUGUUCAGUGCACUCAAGUUAGGAAAUUCCCAGCUAGUCAAAGAGAUCUUGGAGGAGGAUCCCACUCAGGUGAAUUCGUCCAAUCAGGAGGGAGCGUCACCUCUCAUGAUGGCAGCAGUGAGCGGCCAGCUAGAAGUGGUGCAGCUGAUGGUGGAGAAGAAUGCCGACAUAGACAAACAAGACGGCGUCCACGGGUGGACCGCUCUAAUGCAGGCCACCUAUCAUGGUAAUAAAGACAUUGUGAAGUACCUGUUGAGUCAAGGGGCUGAUGUCAACCUUCGAGCUAAGAAUGGAUACACAGCCUUUCAUUUGGUUAUGCUGCUGAACGACCCAGACACUGAGUUGGUGCGUCUGUUAGCGUCAGUGUGUAUGCAAGUAGACAAGGACAAGUCGAAACACCGUGGCAGAGCCUUAAUGACUCGCUCCAAAAGCCGACAGUCCCUCAACAACGUCCCUGUGCCGCCUGACGACAAGGGAGGCCUUAAGUCCUGGUGGAGCCGGAUGUCAAACCGUUUCCGACGGCUUAAGCUGACUCACACCCUGAGGCACGGCCUUUCAUCCAACCGCCUCGCUCCGUUUCCAGACGACGCUGAAACUUCAUUGGAUGCCACGAUGAAGGCGGACAGGAAGCCUGCUGCCGUGUCCAACGGGUCGCUGGCGCCAACUCCCGCCCUGGGAGGGAAUGAUAUCAGCACUGCCUGGGCGGUCAAGAGCAAAGAUGCUGGUCUUUGCAGGGCAUCCUCAGAAAAGGGGGACUUUCUUAUAACCACUAUGCUCAGAAGUGGCGCGCCUUUGACCCGGCUGCCCAAUGACAAACUGAAAGCGGUGAUCCCUCCCUUCCUGCCUCCGUCCAACUUUGAACCGUGGAACUCGGACCGUUCCCGCCUCCUCAGGGAGGGAAAGAGCGAAGCGCCUCGCCUGCCCAUGCCACCCCAGAGGAAGCUGAACAGCAGCGGAAAUUCAGAUAUUACAUCCAUCAGUCGUGUGGUGAGCAGGUCCAUUAAGUUUCCAAGCAUCCCUAAGGGCCCCUCCUCCUCCUCUCCUUCAAACUCUGGUCACUAUCACUCCCCCCACUCCUCAGGAGGCUCCAAUGGAGUGGCAGGGAUCAACCGGGACUCCCACAACCGUUCAGGGGGCAGUGCAGACAGCGUUCUCUCCCAGAUAGCAGCCCAAAGGAAGCGAGCAGCGGGUCUGAUAGAUGUGAAGGCACAAGCUCCAGAGAAACAGCCCAGCCAGACGCAGAGCCAACCCUCACUGCCGCCCUCAGCACCCGGCCUGCCGCUGCCUGAUAUUAGCCUUCCUGACAUCCACGCCCACCCCAGCCUGGUUGCUUCCGACAUCCAUUCGAGAAGGAAGAUGGAGCUGAAGAAGAGACCUCAGUCUGGGAAUUCCUCCACCUCUAAGAGCACGUCGCCCACUCUGACCCCAUCCCCUUCCCCAACGCCCAAGCCUCACACUGGGCCGGGAGACUCUCUGUCCUCAGCCUCUUCCCAUCCUCGCUCCAAGAGCAGUGGUGGCUCCAGCAGUGGAACCAUAACUGAUGAAGAUGAGCUGUCAAGUAUAUUGAAGAAACUGUCCCUCGAGAAAUACCAACCCAUAUUUGAGGAACAGGAGGUGGACAUGGAGGCGUUCCUGACUCUGACAGAUGGGGACCUGAAGGAGCUGGGCAUUAAAACAGACGGACCCAGACAACAGAUCUUGGCUGCCAUAUCAGAGCUUAAUGCAGGAAAGGGCCGAGAAAGGCAGAUCCUUCAAGAGACCAUCCAUAACUUCCAGUCUUCCUUUGGUAGUAGCGCCAGUAACCCAAGACAACCAGGUGAACCACGCUCACCGACGGGAUGGAUGAGACAUCAGGUUCGUUCCUCCAACAAAAGGUAACCCAGCAGCCCUGAUGCCCACCAGGAAGAACACCAAAGGUACUUAAGAGUAAAACGCUGGUGACCUCUAGCCAAGGCACGAAUAAUAUGGAGUCUUCUGGAUGCCAGUGUCCCAGACAAGUAGUGGUGUUACUGCGAGAGGACGCUGCAGCAAAACGAGCCCUGAUAAACUGCCUUUGUCGGACCCUCCAGGACCAAAAUGCCUUAAAGAAUUCCUGUUAUGGAUCCUGAAGCAAGGGAGGUGUAACAGGGCUGGCUGAGUCCAGUCUCCUGCUGCUAUUUGACAAAGCAGGCGAUGUGUGACAAAUCACCAUAGCGAUAGGGUUGCCACAUCUACUGCAAAUGCAGCGCAUGGGUUACACAGAGAGGCUAGAGAGCGUGAGCCAAGAGAGAUUUUUAUUUUAUCUGAACCAAUGUGAGGGAUAGAGCAUAUGUACUGUAAAAGUGGCAAGUCGCGAGUAAAGAAGGGAGUGAUUAUGAGUGUAACAUUAAAAUAAAGUGAAGCAGGUGUUAGCCAGUAAAACUGUGAUUGAGACUUUAAAAAUAAGGUGCACUGAUGAGGAAAGCAACUGGACGGAGAUAGAGGGACAUUAGCCAAGCUAUUUUUUUAGUCAUCCAGUCUCUUGGACUGCUUUUAUUAGUACGUUUAUGUCUUUAGUUUAUGGGCCGCUAUGUAAACAGAUGAUUUUUAGUCAAGACUGUGCUGUAAUGAAUAAAUAAACAUGAUGAUGCAAUAACUAUAUGUUUUUUUUACCACUUAAGAUCUUAUUGGACUUGAGAUGAGAAGACAUUGGCAAAAACAUUUUGGGAGCCUUUUAUGAGCAGUAUAAAUUUUGUUUGAAAGAGGUGCAUUGAGCAAUAGUUUCCACUGAGCCUCCUCUGGUUUUUCAUCUGGCUCCACUAAGAACAGUCGGUCCGCAUGCAGACAGAUGGAGCACGGUGUCACCCCUAAAUAUCAGGUACUUAUAAUACAUGUCUUAAAGCCAAAGCAUGUGCUGUGACAGUGUUCAGAUGGCUCAGCUGAAUAUGAGAUGCCGACGAUAUCACAUCCUGUUCCGUCAUGUACUGUGUUGUGGAAACAUGAAUAAAUAUACUGUACGCUUUCAAAACUGAACUCACAUCUGGAUGAUGAAUGGAAUCAUUUAACGCAGAAACAAUGUCCAAAAUGAAAUGCUGAGA